CGGCGCCACGUCGGCUUCGGGGGUGAGGCCGGGUGAGGCCGGGUUCGGGCGGGGUCCGCGGGGUCUGCGGGGCCCCGGGCUCGUUUCAGCAGUUCUACCCCGCAAACCACAGUCAUGGCGGCCGAGAAGAGCCAGCAAAAGGAUGCCGAAGUGGAAGGGCUGAGCGCCACGACCCUGCUGCCCAAGCUGAUUCCGUCCGGCCCGGGCCGGGAGUGGCUGGAGCGGCGCCGCGCCACCAUCCGGCCCUGGGGCCCCUUCGUGGACCAGCGGCGCUUCUCGCGGCCCCGCAACCUGGGCGAGCUGUGCCAGCGCCUCGUGCGCAACGUGGAGCACUACCAGAGCAACUACGUGUUCGUGUUCCUGGGCCUCAUCCUGUACUGCGUCUUGACCUCCCCCAUGCUGCUGGUGGCUCUGGCCGUCUUCUUUGGCGCCUGUUACAUCCUCUAUCUGCGCACGUUACAGUCCAAGAUUGUGCUCUUUGGUCGAGAGGUGAGCCCAGCCCAUCAGUACGCUCUGGCCGGAGGCGUCGCCUUCCCCUUCUUCUGGCUGGCCGGUGCGGGCUCAGCUGUCUUCUGGGUCCUGGGUGCCACCUUGGUGGUCAUUGGCUCCCAUGCCGCCUUCCACCAGGUGGAGGCUGUGGAUGGGGAGGAACUGCAGAUGGAGCCCGUGUGAGGUGUCUCCAAGGACCCAACAGCCUCCCCGGCCAGCUGCCUUGGCCCUCUUCACCCCCAUCCUGCAUGGCUCUGCUGCCGGGGCCCAAGUCCCCCUUCCCAUCACAAGCCCACGGAGGGACUCCGGCUUUGGAAAUAAAGCUGUUACAGUUGUCGUUCA